AUGGCAGAGAUACUACUGAACGAAGGAGCCGAUAUAAAUGCGGUCAACGGUAAAGGAGAAGUUCCGUUGCAUUGUGCAAUAAUAAGCGGCCGACCGAAAAAAGUUGAGUUUCUGCUGAAGCACGGAGCCGAUCACAACAGAUGGUGGUCGAAUAGUCUAGGUUCGGCGCUAAAUCUCGACAAUGACUGGAGCGUCGGCUGCGACGGUUCAGCAACCUGCUCCGCGACUCAUCAUCCGGACGAGCUGACGCUGUUCAACUCGGCCAUAAAGCUCGGCAAAGUCGAGGUCGUUGAAUAUCUCAUAUACUACUUGGGUUUUGAGGAGGUCGAGCGGCCGAAUCGAAUUGAUAAACACGAUGCCGUCAAGACGUUGCUGUUUUAUGCGCUUCCAUCGGUGGAGAUAGUUGAAAUUUUAUUGGAUUCUCUUGUCACCACAAAAGAGGUCGAUGACAAUUGCCUAAACCCUGCCGACAAUCGCAAAUAG